GACCCCAUACAACCUGGAACAUACAUUUGAAUCCAUAACUGGUUUCUAAUUGGUUUCGAACGUUAAUGUCCAAAUCCAAUUUGGGCAGCGGACAUGUCAGUAACUAGGUACUUUGAUCUGUGGGAACUGGUUACUGUUUACUGACAACGUAAUUAUUAAUUGUUUCCAUUUACGCUCGCUAAUGCACAACUCUACACAAAACAAUGACGGACGGUAGUUAAACUGUGGUCAAAUAAUUUGUUUACCAAGCUCCCAACAAUCGAAAGCUAUUUGCAAACAUGCUGAGCAUGCAGUAUGGUCAAAGCGCGCUCGUGACACCCAUCGACGUACGUAUGACCUCGUUUCAAUGAAUUCGCCAGUGCCACCAAACCAACCAGUACCGGAAAUCGGGCCAGUCAGUCGACAGUGUCACCCGCAACCGAGCAGUCCCACAGCCUUGUCAACACUCUAGCCAAACAACAUGCGUACUUGGUAUCACUCUCUGUCCCUCUUCCUGCCUAUAGCUCUGCUACACCUCUUUCCCACCGUUGUCAGUGGAAAGGAGCAAAACUACAUCCCGGACGCAGCCGAGCUGGACUGUCCGGGCAACGUGACGCACGGUCCGGUCACGCUCACCGCCUACCAUCCGCAGUUCGACUCGGAUCGCAAGCGCGACUACCUCGAUGCACAGCACCGGAAGCUGUACACGCUGCAGGAGUACCUGGACAAUCGGGCCCCGUACGUGACGGUCGGCAUGGAUCCGGACCUGCAGCUGCCGUACGGGAAGGAGGCCUGCAUACCGGAGCUGAACCGCCACUUCCGGCGCGCCAUCCGGCUGCAGGUGCGCGACACGCACGUCGAUCUGCGCGGCGGCGGCUACCGGCGGGUGGACCUGUGCGUGCGGACGCAGGAGGACAGUUACGACGACAUCGUCAACAUGCUGCAGGUGACGCUGGUACUGUGAGCGUGUGUGUGUGUGUGUGUGUGUUUGUGGUCUAAAUUUAGAGAUCGAAAUAAAAGGCUGCUGGUCGUUAAUUAA